AUGUUCGCCCCACUCGCCGCUCUCUUCUUCUUUGUCUCCUGGCUCCUCCUCCUCCUCGUCUCGCUCUCCGUUCCCAUCACCAAGACCAUCUAUCUCCUUCAAGUCAAUGCUGCUGCGUCUUCCUCUCUAUUAGACUCCCAGGCCGCGGCCUCAGUACGCUUCGGCGUCUGGGGCUACUGCACAUCCGGCAUCGACGCCGAAGUGUUCGGUUUUGAUCACACCGUCGCUGGCCAAUGCUCCCACCCCAAGUUGGGCUACACCUUCGACUCCUCUGUCGCCCAAGCCCUGCACGUGGACAGCCUCGCCGACACCAUCUCUUCCACACUCUCCGCCGCCCUGGUUCUUCACGUUGUCGAUUGCAUCCUCGCCUUCCUCGCACUCGUCUCGGCGCUGCUCACGAUCCACUGGUCGCCCCACGUCCGCGCCGCCUUCUUCACCACUCUCGGUGCCGCGCUCCUCGCCGCGAUUCUGACGACCGUGACGUUCAUCAUCGAUCUCGUCGUAGCCGCCGUCGCGCGCGACAAGAUCACUGAUGAAGUCCACGUCUCUCGGGGCAAUGCGAUCUGGAUGACGGUUUCUGCCGGAGUGUACUCUGGCGCGUACUAG